AUGUCUGGGCUGCUCGCUGCGAGACAUCUUCAGAACUGCUCCUGUUUGACGACGUGUAUGCGUGUAGGCGGGGUAAAACCUUGGCCUCCAUUCAAUAUCCAAGUGAAAUAUGCUAAAGAGUUCUACACCAUCAGCUGGGACACCAAAAACCCAAAGUACUGUCUGGUCUACAGAAUCCUUAUCAGGGCUGCUCUUGAGCCACAAAACUCGGUGAUCAGCCUAGAGAGCAAAGAUACUCUUGUCCACUUGGGAGAAUCGAAACUGCGUCCAGGUGUUUACUACGGGGUGGAGGUGCAGGCCAAGCUCUGCCCCACGUUCCGAUACACCGGGCCGUGGAGUGAAUGGGGUUCCGCUACAUUUUCGACCGUUGCAGCUACUAAUCUCACCGCCCAGGUUCCAGGAAUUAAUUAUUAUUGGCUCAUCUUCAUCUUAAUAAUACUCUUGUUCUUGUUUCCAACUGCUAUGUUUUGGCAGAAGAGGUUUCAGAGGUUCACAUUCAUCCCGGAUCCUGGAGAAUUUUUCAAGCCCCUGUACAUCAUCCACGACGGUGAUUUUAAGGCGUGGGUGAAGCCGACAGUCACUGAGCACAGCUUUCUCAACAUGGACACGCUGAUGGACGUGAAGCUCGACCCGACUCCUCUGUCUCUGUUUAAGUCCAGCCUGGGCCACGCCUCGCUCGGCCGUGUGUCUAUAUCCACGGUUUGCGGUGAAAACAUUCUUGCUCAUUUCUCUGUGAAUUCUGAUUUUCGUCAUGAGGCGAGCUGUGGGACGGCUGAACUAGACGAUGAUCCAGAGACGCCACACGUACAUCUCAGCAACCUGAAUGUUCACCAGGAUCUUGAUGAGGGCUUGUCUGGAAGUGACUAUCCACUGGUGGAUCUAGACACCAUAGAUAGUGGUUUUGAAGAGUGCAGCAGCCCCUCAGCUGCAGGACACCUACUCUCCCCACACCAGCAGACACCCUUAGGACCCGGUGCAGAGCAGCUCUGUGAUCUCUAUCACUCCAAUUAUGUGAAACAAUGGAGACAUCACACAUAAAACAUGUUUCACACUGUAAAAAAAAAAACAACCUUAUUCAGUAAAUCAGGGGAACCACCAAAAGCUAUGUACCAACUGUGUUUGAUCCUCCUCCUGAUGUAAAAAACAAACUAUUUUCUCAUUUUGGUUCAUUUGAACACAUCAAACAGGCUGAAGUGGGCGAGGAAAGUGGUGAGUUGUCACCUGGGCUGGAAAAUGUUGUGUAAGUAUGUUAAUGUCAAAACUAAAUAAAGUAAAUGUCAUCAUUAUAAAGUAAUGGUAUAAAUAUGUCAUAUUGUAUUUGAAAUAUCUGUCAUGUUCAUGUGGCUGCCGCUUGGUCAGGUCACUACUGAAAAUGUGUAUUGAUCAAUAAAAGAUCAAAAGUGUGUGUCACUG